UUGAUGUUCUGUCUGUAGUUCUGUUGACUUUCUGGUGCAACUAAACACAACAACAUUAAAUGAGCCACGGGGGAAAUUCUAGGCCUAGAUCAACACUCUUGGCCUAAACCUCUCUUGGCAGUCUUGGUGGCAUUUUAAUUUGCUUGCCGAGCCCUCAGCCUGUACUAGAAGCAAAGACGUGUAACGUAUUCACUGGCACCAAAUUUGACGUGUCGUACUGUCGUUUCGUUUCCUGCUCUGACAGGCACAUAGGCGGCUAGGCUAGUCAUUAUAUUAGAUCUAGAUUCUUUAUCUAGAUCUAGAUCUAGAUCUAGAUUAGAUCUAUAUAUGAAGGCAUUGCAGCUGACUUCGACUUAGACUUAGUUUUUUUGUGCUUGGUCAUCUCUUUGGCAGUGUGGAAUUGACUGUUGAAACCGUUCCGAGGAGAACUGCGUGCUCGUCAAAAUAAUGAAAGGAAGAGAGGCUAUCCGUACUAAAUGACGACUAGACUGCUAGAGGCUAAGUACGGCUAGACUGGCAGGCUAGCCGUACUUAAUGACAGUUAGACGGCUAGAACCGUCGUGGUGCAUAACAGUUUUCCUCAAGAUGGUGGCCCACUUGGCAGCUGUGUUGUUCCCCGGGAUCAUCAUCUACAGUGCUGUUCCCGGAUCAAGAGUGGCUGCCAUCUAUGUGAACAAAGACAGAGCGGGAAAGGAUCACUUCACCACGUGGCACGGCCUGAUCGGCAUCAUUACCAUGGCCUACUGCUGCGCCCAGUCGUGCGGGGGCGCUCUGGCCAAGUACUACAAGUAUGUCGGGGGAUUUAUCAAGGUGAAGCUGGCAGAUCUCAAGCUGUACCACGCCACGUCAGGUCUGUUUGCCUACACGCUGGUCACUGCCUCCUUCGUGCUGGGGCUCCAGUCCAACUGGGCGGUCAACAACAUCCACUGGCUGCUCUGGUACGUCUGCAUGGGCUGCGUGGCUGCCUCCGCCCUGGUGGUCAUGACCCACAUAACCACGACCUACAUGCCGCAGACGCAGCAGUCGCGACCAGCAAGCUCAGCCAGCAGGAAGUCGUAAGUCGUGGAGAGCUCAGCUGUAGCUAUUUUUGUUUGUUCUACCUUCUCAUUUUCUACAGAUGGCCCGAAAUGUGCCACCUACGAGGAAGAAAUACAGGGUUUUUCAAGUCAACUUAUUUUUUUUAAUGUUUAAGAAUGGACUGUACCUUUGAGAAUUACAUGUAAUAUUUGUAAUAAAAAUUUUCAUAAUAUCGGAUUCAUUUUUCAACCAUGGAAAAUGUAUAUAUUAUGUUGUUUCUUUGGCAUAAUGUAGUGUAUUAAUUCUUAAUGAAAAGUUUUGGAAUUGUUGUGACCCGUGUUCUACUGAUUGUUGUCACGCAUGUUGUACUGCCUCACAGAGCUGACCAGCGGUACUGGCAAUUUUCACUCUGUUGAUGCUAUUUUUUUCCAUUUACAAAUAUACUUUCUCACUUCCAUUUAUUUGAAACGGGUUUGUUUUGGGGGGUUUUCUUACCGCAAACGAUCAAUAAAAGUCUUCUUUUUUUUUUUUUGCACCAGUGAAAUUUCAUCCCGGGACCAGUAAUCACUGUUCAAUAGGAAACUCUUUCUUCUUCCUCUUCCUCUUCCUCUUCUUCUUUUUGUUCUUCUACUUCUUCUUCCUCUUCUUCCUUACAUCGAUGACAGUCAGAAAGUCAGUCCGGUGGUGCACACAAACUGUGCUGUUCUCUCUAGAUCCUCAAAGCUGCCCUACAGUUUUCUCUCCAGUGGUGUAGCAUGUAGAGCCGUGUCUGUGCUCUUGGGGUUGUGAAGUGAGUACAGUACUUCAGGAUUGUAAUUGUAAGGAAACUAUUACUUUUGCGCUACACCAUCACUUGUGUUUUUUGUUUUGUCGGCCAUCUGUUGAGUGUUGAGUUGCAGUCAUUUUUUGUUGAUGGAAAGAAACUGAGGGUUGAUGAAAAUACAGAAAGUUUCUCACAUAUCGUUAUUCUUUCUUUUGUAGCCAACAAUUAGAUGUUGCAAUGUAGUUUUUGUCAUGAGAUAUGUUAAUGUAGCUUAUUUCAAUGAUACUUGCCUUUUUUUUUUCUUUUAUUGCUUGUUUUUUAGUUUUAGUCUUAUAAUUGCUUGUUUUUAUUUAAUAUUUACAGUAACAAUUUUUUAUUCCAAUGCUUUCUUUGAAAAUCCUAGCCACGGAAGAAUUUACUCAUUUGCUCACUGGCAUCUUUGAUGACUCUUAUUACUCUUAAUAUUUUACUUUUAUUUUGUGUAGGUGCAAGAUAAUAAUUAUGUACUAUUUUAUCAUCAUGUACAUUCUUGUGCUAGAAGAGUGUGUGUUCAUACAUCUGUUGUUGUUACGCUGUGUGCACUACAGACCUGAUUGUUUUUCUCUGUAAAAGUGAAAGUAUUUAUUUCUAAAUUCUGAAUGGCCUUUCCUACUUUUUGUUCAACGAUUCAUCCUCCUUACCAGAGAAUUCCACAAGUCCCACAAGUCGCUGUGAUAAUAAACGUGGGUGUUUGUUGUUACUUUUACCAGCAUUAUGAUGACCUGCAUGUUAUACCAGUGCCAGGGUCUGUGGUGGAGCCAUCAGACACGCCAAGAGAUUUAGUUCCGUUCCUACAAGAAGAAGAGAUAAGUUUUUUAUACAAAUUGUUUUCCUCUGUUCGUUGUGAUGUCUCUCUCUCUCUGCUUGGUUUGGGUAUUGAUGGCAUCGUUGAUGCGCAAGGUCGAAAUAGCUGACUUUGUAAGUUGUAACACUUUACUUUUCUGAUUCAGCGUCCAUUUAGGGUCUAGCCCUUUGGCCUGUCAGUAUGGCAUGGCAAAGAAUUGACAGUUUACUUUGUGAGUGAUCUAAAGUGUUUUAUUUCGGGGCUAUGUAGAACACCAACAUCUUAACGAAAUGUUAUUGCCUCAGUUCCCCUUUUAAAUCUAAAACAUUAAACGAAUAUUACAAAUUGAAUUUUUAAAAAUUUAUCUUUAACCCUAUCCGUGCGCCCUAGGGUCAUUUUGUACCCCCGCGGUUGUAUUCUUCACAUUUUAGAAUACUUCUACCACAAAGUUCCCCACGUCGUAUGGAUACAAUAAUAAAACACGACAUACGGAUAGGGUUAAUUUUCAUCACUUCAGCAAAGCCUUGUGUUUAGAAUUCUGACUUCUAAUAACAUUUCUAUGGCAGAACCUGUAGCUAUUAAGUGCGUACCCAUUAGAAAAGUUGCCCAUUGCUUUGACUUUGAAUACUUACCAUGACUUUUGCCCUGUUUUUUUCAUUCUAUUUGUGGAAGAUGAAUUUUUAAAAUAAACAGAUAUUACUACAA